UUAACAUUGUUAUAUUGAUUGUUUUAUUUUGAGCACUAAACCUCCCUCUAAUUAACUCGGAAAGCCGAAAUCAUAAUUCACGUAACUACAAACCCUAGCAACCAAUUACCGCAUUUCCCCAUUUCUCAAUUUCAGCAGCUGCAGUUGACUGUGGAGGGUGUUGAGAGUGAACGUUAGAAGUUACAUACCAGUGUUCCAUUUCCAAGAUGGUUAAUUAGAUCAAUCAUUAGCGACACAUUAUAGAUUCGAUAUGAUCUGAAUCGAAAGGGACUUGGAUUUGAAGCUUAUCAAGACUUAAGAGACAGAAGAAAAGCUGAUUUUGCUGGGUUAUUGUGAUAUAAUUCUGCAAUAAGUAAACAAGGAUUGUUUGUUGUUUUGAGAUAUAGAAGUUGGGAAGUAGAGUGGCUAUCUGAUGUAAUGCCACACUCCCUAAAGGUCAGGCCAGUGGCCAUGUUUGAAGCUGUGCAGGAGAUUGCAAUCUACAUUCAUAGGUUUCACAAUCUUGACCUUUUGCAUCAGGGAUGGUAUCAGCUUAAAGUUACUAUGAGAUGGGAGGACAAUGAAAAUAUGUCUUUUGGAAUUCCAGCUAGAGUUGUUCAAUAUGAAGCUCCUGAUCAGGGUCCUUGCAGUCUAUAUGGUAUUUGGAGGAUUGAUGAUACAGACAACAGUUUCUCAACACAGCCUUUUCGGAUAAAAUAUGCUCGGCAGGAUGUUCAUUUAUGUAUGAUGGUCUCGUUUAAUUUGUCUCUUAGUAGAUUUAAGGGUUUACCUACAACUGCUGUAAUUUUGAAGUUUGAGCUUGUGUAUGCUCCCACGGUUGAAAAUGGUGCCGACUUGCAAGCUUCUCUGGAUGAUUACCCUGCUGCUGUCCAUGAAUUUCGAAUUCCUCCCAAAGCUCUUUUAGGACUGCAUUCAUAUUGUCCUGUACAUUUUGAUGCUUUCCAUGCUGCUCUUGUUGAUGUCAGUGUGCAUGCCAGUUUACUGAGAGCUGCCCCUUACCCAUCUGCAUUGAAGGUACCCAGCAAUUCUCGCAAUGCUGAAGUCGUCGUAGAUAAAAGUUAUGACACAUUGAACCAUGCCAAGGGAGAAGUUGCCUCUAUAGAUAUGAAAAAUGUAACGCUUCUUAAGGCAUUGUUAACAGCUCGUGAGAUAUUACUUCAAGAAUUACAAAAACUUAGCAAAGCAGUUGAUCAGACUAUUGAGAUUUCAGAGUUUCUGUCCAAACUGAACAAUGAGAAAAUAUUGAAUUAUGUUGCGCAUGCAAAUCAGUUUGCAACAGCUGUUGGAAUUUCAGCACAGGGCAAUCAACAAAAUGGUCUUGAGAGAGGAAAUGGUGCUCUGGAUCUUCUGAUUGCUGAAAAGCUUAACUCCUUGUCAGAGAGUGAUCUGUUGCACUGUUGCCAUUCAGUGGGAGACCAAUUGUUUUAUUUGUGGAACACGUUUCUAAAAUUCCACAGAGAUAACAAGACAAAGAUUCUAGAAUUUUUGCGUGAUGCUUGGGCCAAGGAUAGGAAAGCAGAAUGGUCAAUAUGGAUGGUCUACUCUAAGGUACAGAUGCCUCAUCAUUAUAUAAAUAGUAGGAAUGACGAGUCUUCUUAUCGUGGGGUGCACAGAAGAGUUUCCAGUUUGUUGAAGUCAUCUGAUGAGCCUCCUCAGACUGCAGCUACACGUGCUGAACUUCAUCGAAGGAGCAUUGCACAAAUGAGGAUUAACAACCAAUCAAUUCAAGACAUGCAAAUGUUUGGAGAUCCUUUACGUAUACCAAUUGUGAUUGUUGAACGUGUGACGAAUGCACCACGGCGCACAAUCAGUGAAAAUUCAUACCUGAGAAAUGUCAUACUGGCAGAUUCACAUAAUUUUGAAGCUACACACAACUCAGACACUGCAAACCAGGAAUCUGCCCCACAAAGCAAUGCUCGCGUGUUGAAGAUUGUUGUCUUUGUGCACGGGUUUCAGGGGCAUCAUCUGGAUCUACGACUUAUUCGAAAUCAAUGGGUUUUGAUGGAUCCCAAGGUAGAAGUUCUGAUGUCACAGGCUAAUGAAGAUAAAACAUCGGGUGACUUCAGAGAAAUGGGUCAAAGGCUAGCGCAGGAAGUUAUUUCCUUUGUUAAAAAGAAAAUGGAUAAAGAAUCAAGAUGUGGAAAUCUGAGGGAUAUUAGACUGAGUUUUGUUGGACAUUCUAUUGGCAACCUCAUUAUAAGAACAGCAAUAGCUGAUAGCAUGAUGGUGCCAUUUCUAAGAUACUUACAUACAUAUGUUUCAGUGUCUGGUCCGCACUUGGGGUAUCUUUACAGUUCAAACUCACUGUUUAAUUCUGGGUUAUGGCUUUGGAAGAAACUAAAAGGCACACAGUGCAUUCAUCAGCUCACCUUCACAGAUGAUCCAGAUAUUCAAAAUACAUUUAUCUAUAAACUUUGUAAGCAGAAGACCUUGGAUCAUUUUAGGCAUAUAAUUUUGCUAUCGUCCCCUCAGGAUGGUUAUGUGCCUUACCAUUCUGCUAGAAUAGAAUCAUGUCAGGCUGCUUCACUUGACAAUUCAAAGAAGAGUAGAGUGUUCCUAGAGAUGCUUAAUGAUUGUUUGGACCAAAUCCGUGCCAAUCCCUCUGAACGUCGAGUAUUUAUGCGUUGUGAUGUCAAUUUUGAUGCUACUGCCUAUGGAAAGAAUUUAAACUCUUUCAUCGGGCGGGCUGCUCAUAUUGAGUUUCUGGAGUCUGACAUUUUUGCAAGGUUCAUAAUGUGGUCAUUUCCAGAACUAUUUCGAUAGGAUCUCAUGUCUUUUUUGCAUUCAGAUUCACCUCGGAUUUUAGUAAGAUGUUGGCAUUUUUCUAGGUUUGUGUUAGCAGGAUCAUUUAAACAUCUGAGCUGCAUAUUUAAUUGGCUUCAAGAUGUUUAUUUGGAACACAUGUACACAUAGCUUAAAGAAGGGUUUUAAGAAAUAGUGAUGUAAUUAUUUUAGGUUAGAUAGAUUAAUUUUAAUGUUACGCUGUUAGCUUAGCAUUAUAACGCAGGCAAUUAGACCUAGUAACAAAAUUAGGCAUGAAUUUUCUACUUCAGAAAAAUGUAUAUCAGAUGGAAUAACUGAAUCUUCACUCUUUUGCUGUUGGUUUUGUUCA